CUCUUCCCCCUCCCUCCCUUUCCCUUGUCUUGUCUUCUCUCAUCUUCUCUAUGCUUUUGCUAUGACUGCAAGAGUAUGACAAAUUUUUCCCCCACAAAAAUGGGCAAAAAAAUCUUCAUCAUCUUAUUCAUUCUCAGCUCAAUUCUCCUUUCCCUCCUCUAUAUCCCAACCAAACUUACCAUUCCCAUUACAACUUUCAACCCCAUGAUGACAUCCUUAAACAUGAUCCAAAAAUCCAACAAGACUUAUCCAGUUACCUUUGCCUACUUAAUCUCUGCAUCAAAGGGUGAUUCAUACAAGUUAAAACGCACCUUACGCGCGCUUUAUCAUCCUGGAAACCACUACCUAAUUCACCUGGACCGUGAGGCGCCGAAGAGGGAGCAUAAGGACAUAGCUGAGUUUGUGUCCAGGGAUCCAGUUUUUGGCAUUGUUGGGAAUGUUUAUAUUGUUGGGAAACCAAACCUGGUCACUUACAGAGGUCCUACAAUGCUUGCUACUACUCUUCAUGCAAUAUCAAUGCUUCUGAGGUGCUGCAGAUGGGAUUGGUUCAUUAAUCUUAGUGCUUCUGAUUAUCCAUUAGUAACCCAAGAUGAUCUGAUCCAUGCCUUCUCUGACUUGCCAAGACAUCUCAACUUCAUACAGCAUACAAGUCAUUUGGGCUGGAAAAUGAACAAGAGAGGGAAACCAAUCAUCAUAGACCCUGGUCUUCACAGCCUCAACAAAUCAGAGAUCUGGUGGGUCAUUAAGCAAAGAACUCUUCCUACUUCCUUCAAUCUCUAUACAGGCUCAGCUUGGACAAUCUUAUCAAGGUCUUUUGCUGAGUAUUGCAUAGUUGGGUGGGACAACUUGCCAAGGACACUCCUUUUGUACUAUACGAAUUUUGUGUCCUCUCCAGAGGGUUACUUCCAGACAGUUAUAUGCAACUCUGAAGACUACAGAAACACAACUGCUAACCAUGACCUUCACUACAUUACCUGGGACAACCCUCCAAAGCAACAUCCCAGGAACUUAGGACUCAAAGAUUUCCGAAGGAUGAUCCUGAGCAGCCGCCCAUUUGCCAGAAAGUUCAAGAGAGAUGAUCCAGUUCUUAGCAAAAUUGACCGUGAACUUCUGAAAAGAAGUCACAGAGGAUUCAGUUAUGGUGGUUGGUGUUCUGGACAUGGGAAGACACAGGCACGGUGCUUGGGAUUGCAGGGUGAGAACUAUGGUGAGUUGAGGCCUGGAGCUGGGUCUAGGAGGCUGAAAACUUUGCUAACAAAAAUUCUUUCAGCAAGGAAUUUCACCAAACGGCAGUGUAGAUGAAUUCCUUUAAAAUUUACACCAUUUUUUUUUUUUUCUUCAUGAAAUGAAUAAUUCCAAUAUCUGUAUGAAACUACUCUUUACAAAAGGAAGUCUCGAUGAUCAUGUAAGAAUAUAGAAAACUGAAACAGAAGCUUUAUGUGAGCAGAACACACAUCUCUUAUUUGCUUUGUUCUGUUGGGAAAAAUGACACGAUGGAAUAAAAUAAUUUCCAUGAA